AUGGAAGGUGCCGACGCCUCCAGAAGCAAUGGGGCCAGCCCGGAAGCCAGGGACGCCCGGAGCCCACCGGGUCCCAACGGCAACCUGGAGAAUGGCGCUAAAGCAGACAGUAAGGACACCAAGACAACCAACGGGCACAGUGGGGAAGUGACGGAGGGCAAGACCCUGGGCAGUGCCCUGAAGACAGGGGAGGGGAAGAGUGCCCUAUUUUCCAGCAAUGAGUGGCGCAGGCCUAUCAUCCAGUUCGUGGAGUCGGUAGACGACAAAGGCCCCAACUACUUCAGCAUGGACUCUGCGGAAGGCAGGAGGUCCCCUUAUGCUGGGCUCCAGCUGGGGGCUUCCAAGAAACCCCCUGUGACUUUUGCUGAGAAGGGGGAGCUGCGAAAGUCCAUCUUCUCCGAGCCCCGCAAACCCACGGUGACCAUCGUGGAGCCGGGGGAGGCCCGCAGGAACAGCUAUCCCAGGGCUGACUCCAGCCUCCUGCUCCGGGCGAAGUCGGGCUCCGAGGAGGUGCUGUGCGACUCCUGUAUCGGCAACAAGCAGAAGGCCGUCAAGUCCUGCCUGGUGUGCCAGGCAUCCUUCUGCGAGCUGCAUCUGAAGCCCCAUCUGGAGGGCGCCGCCUUCCGUGACCACCAGCUACUCGAGCCCAUCCGGGACUUCGAGGCCCGAAAGUGCCCUUUGCAUGGCAAGACUAUGGAGCUCUUCUGUCAGACAGACCAGACCUGCAUCUGCUACCUCUGCAUGUUCCAGGAGCACAAGAACCACAGUACCGUGACAGUGGAGGAGGCCAAGGCCGAGAAAGAGACCGAGCUGUCACUGCAAAAGGAGCAGCUGCAGCUGAAGAUCAUUGAGAUAGAAGAUGAGGUGGAGAAGUGGCAAAAGGAGAAGGAUAGGAUCAAGAGCUUCACCACCAAUGAGAAGGCUAUCCUGGAGCAGAACUUCAGGGACCUGGUGAGGGACCUGGAGAAGCAAAAGGAGGAAGUGAGAGCUGCGCUGGAGCAGCGGGAGCAGGAUGCCGUGGACCAGGUGAAAGUGAUCGUGGAUGCUCUGGAUGAGAGGGCGAAGGUGCUGCACGAGGACAAGCAGAUCCGAGAGCAGCUGCACAGCAUCAGUGACUCCGUGCUGUUUCUGCAGGAAUUUGGUGCGCUGAUGAGCAACUACUCUCUCCCUCCACCUCUGCCCACCUACCAUGUCCUGCUGGAGGGAGAGGGCCUGGGACAGUCACUUGGCAACUUCAAGGAUGACCUGCUCAAUGUGUGCAUGCGCCAUGUGGAGAAGAUGUGCAAGGCCGAUCUGAGUCGCAACUUCAUUGAGAGGAGCCAUAUGGAGAAUGGUGGUGACCAUCGUUACAUGAACAGCUACCCAAGCAGCUACGGGAAUGAGUGGAGCACGCCUGACACCAUGAAGAGAUACUCCAUGUACCUCACACCCAAGGGAGGGGGCCGGACGUCCUACCAGCCAUCAUCGCCCAGCCGCCUCUCCAAGGAGACCAACCAGAAGAAUUUCAACAAUCUGUAUGGAACAAAAGGUAACUAUACCUCCAGGGUCUGGGAGUACUCAUCCACUCUUCAGAACUCUGAGGACCUGCCCAUUGCGCAAGGCAAUUCCUCCUUCUCCCUGAAAGGAUAUCCUUCCCUCCUCCGGAGCCAGGCUCCCAAGGCCCAGCCUCAGACUUGGAAAUCUGGAAAGCAGACUCUGCUGUCUCACUACCGGCCAUUCUACGUCAACAAAGGCAGCGGCCUCGGGUCCAACGAGGCUCCCUGA